CAUGUCGUAUUCGGUCGUUCCUCAUUCACUGUGGCCGACAACGCAGAAUUGAGAUUUUCUUGUUCGUCUAAUUUUUGCCAGUUAUAACGUAAUUUAUUAAAAAAUGCCGAACCAAGUUUUGAUUAUAGAACCACAAAAUGAGCUGAAGUUUAGAGUUGAUUUUUCAGGGCUGUUUGAUCAGGGGUAUACUACCUACAUGAAGCUGUCAAACCCCACCAACGAUACGGUACUGUUUAAAAUUAAAACAACAGCACCCAAAAAGUAUUAUGUGCGCCCCAACUCUGGUUCACUUGAACCAAAUGGCAAAGUUGAUAUUGCAAUUACCCCUCAGCCCGUUUACGUCGAUCCUAACGAGAAACAUAAACAUAAGUUUAUGGUCCAGAGCGUUAUUGCCCCAGAAGGCAAGACCAACAUUGAACAAGUGUGGAAGGAGAUUAGUCCCGACCAGCUCAUGGAUUAUAAAUUACGCUGCGUAUUCGAAACUCCACGAGGAACUAAUCUCAAUGACGCGGGCGACAACGCCGCCCAAAACGAAGUUACUAAAAAGCGCGUCGCGGUCGCCGACGAAGCGAAGGCGUCUAACGCGUCGCACUCGUCGUCCAAGGAGGCUGUAGAAGGUUUCAUCCAGAACGAAGCAAAGAGGAGGGAUGAGGGCCCCGCCGAUUCUAGUAGCGUCAAAACGGCUUUCUCUAAGUCUGAAAACGUGGAGAGCGAUUUGCAAAAGGCAACAAAUGAAGUUAUUCAUUUGAGGGAGGAAGAAAGUAAAUUAAGACAUGAAAAUCUGCGAUUAAAGGAGGAGCUGCUGCGCCUGCACCAGCAGGUGGGCGGCGAGCAGGUGGCGGCCCGCGGCCACUCGUACGGGCCCGAGAAGAAGGAGCAGGCCGUGCUCAUGCCGUGGCUCGCCAUCGCCAUCGGCAUGGCGCUCCUCGGCAUCAUCAUCGGCAAAUUCUUCAUGUGAAUAAACGCCCCGCCCUCCCCCCGCGGCCUCCUCACGCCCCUCGCCCCCCACACCCCCCACACCCCCCAGGGCAGCUUCGAUACAGCCGAUCUCAGCUUCAGUGCCGCAUUCCUCGAAGUGAUCGAACGUUACUCGCACUCGAUGUUCUGUUUCUACCUGUCCGUCAUCCUGAUCAUGUUGGUCGCUUAGUGUUGCGGAACGGCGGUCGCCUUUCGGCGCGCUCUCGGGCUCGUGGGGACGCUCGCCGGCAAGCUCGGCAAACCCGGCUCACAGUUUUAUAUCACGUUCAAUUGUUCAAUAGUUAUUGUCGCUGUCGUUUGAAAUUCUCAUAGAUCGACGAUCGCACGGUUCGCGUAGACGUUAUAGAUUCUGUGCUUGAGUAUCGCGUAUUGCUCAAGAAAUGUGCCUUGAAAUAGCUACGUUCCUUUUAUUAUUGUUUCUAUAGUAUAUGCCCGGAUAGAACAUACGACGCCCGUAAUAUAAUAUAAUAUUUGUUUGCUGUUGUGAAUCGUGGUAUAUAAUAUGAUCAUACGUUAUACAAUUCGACGCCAUUCUGCCUUGACAAUAUUUACACGUACGUGGAAAUAAUAAUAAUAGAAAGCUUACAAAUGUCUAUACAAAAGUACAAUAUUUACAUAUGUUUAAUAAUUGGUGAUGCACAUCGUAAUCAAACGAAUGCGACAAUAAGUGAUAAUAUAGUAAAUAUUUGUUGAUUGUGAAAUUUAGUUACGAUGCGCGUAGAAUAGAAGUAGCGUUCCGUUUCGUCAUACACGUUUACCGAUGGUCAAAGGCCGCGAUGCGGAUAUCGCGGGCGCGUUGGUUCACUACGAACAUGAUGUUGGGUUUGUGUCAAGUGGGUUAUUAUUUGUUGCAAACGUGGUUUCCACUCGAUUUACAAGUGUAAAUAACAUUGGGGAGUGUUAUGAGCCGAGAGGCGGAUUUCGACGCGGUUGUUUUGUGCUUUGAACUAAGAUGCAAUGUAUAUUCUAAAGACACGCGACCAGUGAAUAAAAAUUAUUUUAAAAUUGCGCCAUGUUCAUUAUAAGGUGGUGGAAGAAGUUCGAGUAAAGUAUUUUGUAAUUAUGUCAUAGCGCUGAAAUCAGUUUGGGUAACUUUGAUCCAGCGGUGUUCAAGACCAUAUACGUUUAAACGAUAAAUCCGUAAUAGUAUAUAGUUUGAAUUACAAGAUAUUUUGUGUACCAAUAUAGUAGUUAUAAUGAUAGGUCUGCACAGAGCACUUAACCAAUAGGGGUGGAAUGGAUGGUGAAUUAGUUAUUUAAUGAUGACAGAGCAUUGCAGCGGCACGGGCGGUUAGUGACGUUACUUGAACCGUUCACCUGAUGAAUUUCUAAGAAGUUAGCUUCAUCGUGUGCAAUCGCAAGUGUAUUGUUUUCUGAUAAAUGAAAGCGAUGUAGCGUCUUCACUAAAAAUCGCAUCAUACCCGGUGCAAUAUCAUAACGGUUAAUGUGACUCAGCUGUCUUGUUAUAUAUUACAGUGUAAAUCUAUUGAUAAUAAUCUGUAGUCUGUAAAAUCGAUGCGUGAGGACAUUUUCUUUGAUAAUGAAUUAUGUUUAUUUUCGCCAUUUACAAUUUAAAAUUUUAUUUCUUCUAGUUUAGUAUGUUAUGACAAAUUGAAUUAAAUCUUCAUUUCAAACGGAGGUAAAACCUCGCGUUCCGAGCACUUGUGGGGGAGGGACUUUCUCGAUAGUGCUCGAAACGUCGGUAGAAUAAUGAUGAACGCGUUUUAAUGCCCGUUGAUUAAAAAUUAUUUUGUUAAAAAAUAUUAUUUAUAAUACUCACGAUUAAAUGAUGACAAGACAAUUCUUAAAGGAAGCUAUAUUCGUAUCGAUGACAUAAGUAAAGUAGCAUAAUAAUCCCCAAAAAUGCAAAUUAUUCAUAAGCGUUUAUAUAAUAUCAAUUAAUGUAUUUAAAAUGUUCGUACGUUUUUAAAGUUUCAGCUGUUCGAAAUACAGCUGACUUACUAUGCAGCAAAAAUGACGAAUGUUUUGUGUAUUUCAAAGUUCCCCAAACUGUACUAAUCGUAGAUUUGUGUCAGUAUAUCUAGAAUUAAUAUUUUAUCUCGCAUUUUAUAGUUUCUUUUCUAAUUUUAAAUGUGGUGUAUUGGUUGACGUCAUUGCGCUAAAUUACGGUCAUACAGACCAGUACAAUAGUUUUGUAAUACCACUGCCUGUACAAACGGUUCCAUUACAGCCCAUUCGGAUAUAUACGGCUAAUGAAUAUAGAAUGUUAGUAAGCACUUAGAUUACUCUUAAUGCUGUAUAAAACACACGACAAUUAUUGCUUAAUAACCUUAAUGUUUUAACACUUGAUGUAUAAAAAAAAUGUAUUUAUUCACUUAAUAGUAAAGUAUUAUAUUGUUUUUAUAACUUAAAGGACAUUUUUGUUAUUUGCAAUUUAAUGUUUGUUUUUUUUCGUAUUUUGUAUUAUGUAUUGUAAUUAGCUUGUAAUACAUGAAGACACGAAAGUCCUUGAAAUGGCAGAUUCCAUUAAAAUUUUACUGUUUCCGUGUUGUAGCGUGUAGCGAAAAUAUCAUCUUGCAUAAAUCUAGUUAGCUACUACUGUCAAGAGUACUACGUUAUCUCGGUUUCAUGUAGCUAAUUUCGUUAUGUAAAGCACAAAACUUGCAUCGUUACGUAUAUCUAUUGUUUAUGAAUUCGUUUCCAUGUUUUUUUCGUGCCUUCAUGCAAUACACGAGCUUGAAGUUACACACUCCAGACGCUACCGGCCAUCGGAGAUGGUCAUAUACAGAAUAUAAGAAACACAUGCAUCAUUAUUGACUAUGUUAUUUAAAUCAUUGACAGUGUUUUACACGUUGCUUGUGAAUAUGUCGUGGAUAUUUUUUUGGGGUAAGGUUAUUAUCAGGAAAGAUUCAAUUAUCCUCUUAGUUUUUUUUUAUGUAUAGAAUAAUUAAAUUAAAAAUUUCCGUGUGGUAUUGUUGUUAUAUUAAACUAUUAUGCUAUAUUGUAUCGUUUUCUGAAAUAAAAGACUUAAUUUAUGAU